GCUUGGGGGAAAAAAAGGCGGAGCAGAGGGUUAGGGUUUUUUCCUGGCACUGUGCAUCGUUUUCGUGGCGCUGAGGCAGCCAGAGACCGGAGUAUUCCCAAGGCAUGGAGUAUAAGAUUCACGUGACCAACGGGUUCAGGACCAACUCUUCAACUCCGCUGGUGAUAGUAUUAUGGUGUUCGUCGGAGGAGGAUGAUCUUGGGGGAGCACUGCAAGAGGGGGAAGAGUUCAGCUGGGAACUCCAGAUCGACUUCUAGGGAACCGUCCAAUUUUCAUGCACCGUCAAAUGGGAUCGUCGGAGGAAGAGGUUCGAGGCGUUUCGAGUUCAGCGGGACGGCCACCGGUGUUUUGAUCUCAAGAAAUGCUUUUGGCUAGUGACGGAGGAUGGGAUUUACUUCAGCAGCAAUGAGGUGAGUUGGAAGAAAGAUUUCUCAUGGUUGUAG